CUGCCGGAGCCACGAGAGAACUGGGAGGGGUCUCUCAGGGAGGAGUCGCGGCUGUUCGCAGACUCAGCGAGGCACUUUGGUGGAAGCGAUCCCGGCCGCUCUCGCUGCCCGCAGCGCUAGGACCACCCGGCUCGCCAGGCGACGUUCUGUUGACUUGUCACCAUGCGUGAAUACAGUGAAAGCAAGGAGACAUGUGUGACCAUCUGUCUCAAAUACCUGCUGUUCAUCUUCAACUUCUUCUUCUGGCUGGCAGGUGGAGCUGUGAUGGCAGUGGGCAUCUGGACCCUGGCUGAGAAGAGUGACUACAUUAGCCUCCUGCAGUCCAAUAUAUACAUGGCGACAGCCUACAUCCUGGUGGUGGCAGGUGCUGUUGUCAUGAUUACUGGCAUAUUAGGUUGCUGUGCAACCUUCAGGGAACAACGGAGCCUGCUGAAAGUGUAUUUCAUAUUGCUGCUGUGCAUCUUCCUGCUUGAGAUAAUUGCUGGAAUCCUGGCCUGUGUCUAUUACCAGCAGCUGAACAAGGAGCUGAAGGAAAAUCUGAGAGACACGAUGACCAAGAAGUAUAAGAAGGCAGGAGAAGAGGGUGUGACUAGUGCGGUGGACAAACUUCAGCAGGAGUUUAAGUGCUGUGGCAGCCAUAAUUAUACAGACUGGAGUGACAGCUAUUGGUACAAAGUUGAAAAGGAAGGAAGGAAGGUCCCAGACAGCUGCUGCAAGACGGUGACUGAUGCAUGUGGUAGAAGAGAUCAUCCUUCAAAUAUCUACAAAGAGGGUGGCUGUAUCACUAAGCUGGGAAACUUUAUCCAGGAACACCUGAUAAUUAUUGGAGCAGUUGGGCUCAGCAUUGCAUUUGUACAGAUAUUUGGGAUGUGCUUUACUUGCUGUCUGUAUAACAACUUGAAGUUAGAGCCUUACUAAGAGCUCACGGAUCACCCACCUGCUCAUUUCCUCCACGUUCCAGCUCAUCACCCUGCCCUUUUAUACAGCAGCACAGAAAUACCAACCUCUCCAGGACUUCUGCUGCUUCAAGGAAUUUAUUCUGGGAUCACCCAGUGCCUCUACCAGAAAGAGUAGUCCUCCCUGAGUCAGUAAGGAGGGAACUCAGCGCUCAGCUAAGUCAUUUUUCAGUCCAGCCUAACGGAGCUAUAGAAUGCAGUCUGGUUGAAGUCUUUACAAGCGUACAAUCCAAAAGAGAUUAUCAGAGCUCCCAAGGACAUGGUACCUUUGUGUUUUCCUUCCCAAACCAUCAACCAAGGACUUUGAGCUCUGACAACUGAGCAUAGUGUGCGUGCACUAGAUGCUUUCUUCCUUUUCCUAAAUUCCUAGAUACUCCUAUUGGGGAAUCUUUCCUCCUGAUUUCCUACAGCAGUGUUUCUCAACCUUGGCAACUUGAAGAUGUGUGGACUUCAGCUCCCAGAAUUCCCCAGCCAGCCAUGCUGGCUGGGGAAUUCUGGUAGUU